AUGGCAACUCGGACAAGAAAAAUGGCGACUAGGGAACUUAGUGACUCAUUGCUCAACUUUUCCAUCGACCUGUACAAGCAGCUGGCCUCAACAAACAACUCUUCCGAAAACAUUGUCUGCUCCCCGUUCAGUAUCUCUGCGGCACUGUAUAUGGCUCUGGCGGGGGCCCGAAACGUCACCGCCAAGCAGCUCGCCGACGUCCUGCACGUGAACGAGGACGAGGUCCACCAGAACUUCUUCAGCUUCCGGUCCAAGCUGAUGGGCCUCGCUCCUGGAGUCAAGUUGCGCGUGGCCAACCGGAUGUGCACGGACGAGACUCUUCCGGUCCUCGACAGCUACGUCGCCCUCAUGCGGGACUCGUACGGCGCCACGCUCGAAACGGUCGACUUCAAGAACGACUUCGAGAACGUCAGGCGACGCGUUAACGCUUGGGUCGAGCAAGUCACGGAAUCCAAGAUCAGAGAUCUUCUUCCUCGUGGAAGCGUGAACGGCUUGACCAGAAUGGUUUUGGUGAAUGCAGUCUACUUCAAAGGCCUGUGGGAGUGCCAGUUCGAUCCUGCACUGACAGAACGCUCCAAUUUCCACUUGGACAAGAGGAACACGACGAAGGUGGACAUGAUGUACAAAGAAGAUGACUACAAGAUGGGUCACGACAAUGACCUCGCUGUGACCGCACUGGAGAUUCCUUACAAAGGCGGAAAGGCUUCCAUGGUCAUCCUCUUGCCCGACGAUAUCGAAGGGCUAGCUCAACUCGAAGAACGUCUGACCUUUGCCAAAAUGUCUCACCUCCUAAAGUCCCUAACUCUCGACAGCAAUGUCCAGUUGGGCAUUCCAAAAUUUACACUGGAACAGACGGUCAAUCUGAAGCAGGCGCUGUACGCCAUGGGCAUCGAAGAUUUCUUCACGGAAGCCGCGGACCUCACGGGAAUAUUCGAGAAGUAUAAUGUGCCGGUUUCAGAAGUCUUUCACAAGACGUUCGUGGAAGUCAACGAAGGAGGCACUGAGGCAGCUAGUGCGACCGCACUCGACAUGUGCGACUGCGCGGCGUUAAAUCAGACCGUAUUUAUCGUCAAUCGGCCUUUUAUGUUUUUUAUACUUAGCUAUCAUCCAGAGGCUGUGCUGUUCAUGGGCUCCGUUCGAAGAAUUUGA